AAACUGGGGUCCGCCUUUCUUCCGUUGUUUCGUAUUCGGAUCAGAACGUGGGAAACUCUCGUUAAUUUUCCUCUCUCUCUUCUUACUUCGAUCAAUCAAAUCAAAUCAAAUCAAUGGUGGUGAUGGAAGACAACAACAACGAGAGCUGUGGAAGCAGAGUUGUUGAAUCUUCAUCUCCUGUCAACGCUCGCCAGCACCAGAGGAAGCUUGACGCUUACAACGAGGUUCUUCGGCGGCUUAAGGAUUCUGAUUUUCAGGAGGCUCAACAACCUGGUUUUGAAGACGAACUUUGGAUUCACUUCAACCGUCUUCCUGCUAGAUAUGCACUUGAUGUGAAUGUUGAAAGGGCGGAAGAUGUUCUCAGACAUAAAAGAUUAUUGCAACUGGCUCGUGAUCCUGCUAAUAGGCCAGCGUUUGAGAUUCGUUUAGUCCAGGUUCCUCCCAUCGCUGAUGCAAGCACUGCUGAUUCUCUUUCCUCUAACGCUCCAAAAAAAGAAGUCACGCGGGCUCAAAGCAUUCAUCCACCACCUUCUUUUGGUUCAUCACAUAAUCUUGAAGCACUUGCUGCAGAAGCCAGUAAAUCUCUAGAUGAAGAUGAGGAUAGUGCUGCUUCUGGUGCUCAGUCUCUACGGCCAAUGCAUGAAAUUACAUUUUCCUCAGAUGAUAAGCCAAAACUCCUCAGUCAGCUGACGGCAUUGCUAGCUGAGAUUGGUUUGAACAUUCAGGAGGCACAUGCUUUUUCUACAACAGAUGGCUACUCGUUGGAUGUCUUUGUUGUUGAUGGUUGGCCCUAUGAGGAAACAGAACAACUGCGAUCUGCAUUAGAGAAAGAAUUGCUAAAGAUUGAGAAUCAGUCAUGGAGCUCUCCCUCCUUUUCUUCUUUGAGUCGAACUGAACAAACUGGUAUUGACCAUGGGCUUAAUCAACUGACAAUUCCUAAUGACGGGAAGGAUGAAUGGGAGAUUGAUCCUCAUUUAGUGAAAUUUGAGAAGAAAGUUGCUUCUGGCUCAUAUGGCGAUCUAUAUAAAGGUACAUACUGUAGCCAAGAAAUAGCUAUCAAAGUCCUGAAGCAAGACCGUGUAAAUACAGACAUGUUGAAGGAGUUUGCCCAAGAAGUAUUUAUUUUGAGGAAAGUUCGUCACAAGAAUGUUGUACAAUUCAUUGGAGCAUGUACUAAGCCACCAAGCCUAUGCAUUAUAACAGAGUUCAUGUCUGGCGGAAGUGUGUAUGACUAUCUACAUAAGCAAAAGGGUUCUUUCAAAUUACCCUCUCUACUCAGAGUAGCCGUUGAUAUAUCAAAGGGAAUGAACUACCUGCAUCAAAAUAAUAUAAUUCACAGAGAUCUAAAGGCCGCCAAUCUUUUGAUGGAUGAAAAUGAGGUUGUGAAGGUGGGUGAUUUUGGUGUUGCUAGAGUUAAAGCUCAGUCUGGAGUUAUGACUGCAGAAACUGGGACAUACAGAUGGAUGGCUCCUGAGGUUAUUGAACACAAGCCCUAUGAUCACAAAGCUGAUGUUUUUAGCUUUGCGAUUGUAUUAUGGGAGUUGCUAACAGGAAAGAUUCCAUACGAAUAUUUGACACCAUUACAAGCUGCAGUUGGUGUUGUUCAGAAGGGUUUACGACCUACCAUUCCAAAGAAUACUCACCCAAAAUUAACGGAAUUAUUAGAGAGAUGUUGGCAGCAGGACCCGACACUGAGACCUGACUUCAGUGAGAUCAUCGAUAUCCUACAGCAAAUAUCUAUGGAGGUAGAAGAUGAUGGGGAGAAUGGACAGAAGGAGAAACCUUCUGGUGGUUUCCUCUCAUCCCUCAGAAAGGGUCAUCACUGAACUAGCCAAAUCAAUACCGGAGAAAAAACAACACUAAUUUCGGGCCAUUUGCUCACCCUCUUUCUCUUUUCUUCACAAUGCGGUUGGUGCAUAGCGGAUUAAAGUUUAUUUGUUUUUGUUAUCGUUGUUCAGAAAGGUACUACAAUGUAGCUGAUUAAAGUUAUUGUUCCUUAGAAUAGUAACACAGUCCCAGUGGCAAGUCUAAUUGCUUCAAAUUAUUUGAUUUGACACAAUAAUCUCAAAAUGUGUCUUCUUUACUGUU